AUGGUCAAAGAUCUUUUAAUAGGCUCUCCACCAGAUUGGAAUAAAAAACUCAUAGAGGAUACUUUUAUCCCUUUUGAAGGGAUUCAAAUCCAACAACUCCCCCUAACCGAUAAGGAGAAUCAAGACUCACUCAUGUGGAUGUUUUCAGAGACUGGAGUCUACUCAGUCAAAACCGGUUAUCAAGCUAUACAAUGCUGGAAAAAUAAUAGGGAUCAAGGCCCCUCUAGUGAAGAGAUAAUGAAGACAGUUUGGAAGAAAGUCUGGGGCCUACAGACAAUUCCUAGACACAAAGUUCUUAUUUGGAAAAUCAUUAACAGAGCAUUACCCGUUAGAAGUGAACUAAUCAACAGAGGAAUCAGAUGUUCCUUGUUGUGUCCGCGUUGUGAUUCUACCAUAGAGACGAUAAAUCACCUAUUUCUUAACUGCGAACAUACCAGAAGAGAAUGGUUUGGAUCCCAAUUAGGGAUCAAUUUUCAAAAUGAAAACCUCACUGAUUUCAUAGAUUGGCUGAUUUCUUUUAUUCUCAAUAAUGACAAAUCAACUAUAAUCACAAUGGCAGCUCUAUUAUAUAGUGUUUGGCAUGCUCGCAAUCAGUUAGUGUUUAAGAACAAGGAUAUACAUGGGGAAGUUGUUAUUCAGCGAGCUAAAAAUAGUAUCCUGAGCUACAAAAAUGUGCAACAAGCGGAUUUGGACCAUCUGAAUAACAUCGAUAGCACUAGAAGCAUGCACCGAGCUCAAGUUCCUACAAAAGUUAAAUGGGUUAGACCAGAGAAGGAUGUUAUCAAAGUAAACAGCGAUGUGAACUUAUCUUAUCCGGAUUCGUGGGGUAUCGGUGUGAUUGCGCGGAAUGAUGAAGGUCUAGUGAUGGCAUCAGGAACUUGGAUGCGGCUUGGGUUCCACUGCGCAGGAACUGCAGAAGCUUGGGGUCUGUACCAAGCGGUUCACUUUGCUCAUGAGUGUGGCUUCAAUAAAGUUCAAUUUGAGAGUGAUAAUGAAAGGCUGAUAAAGCUUCUUCAAGGUUCUGGUGGAGAGCUACCGAACUAUCUAGGAGCAAGACAACAAUUGUUCUUUUUCUCAUAUUAA